GGGAAAGACCAGUGUGUUGUUUUCAGCUCCAGAAACACCUCGCUAACCCACGUCCCCAAAAACUACCGUAAACAAAUGAUUUAAAGGCGUAUAUUUACCUAAAUCCUGACCGACUGAAGAGGUCAAACGUCGGACUCAUUUCUCCAGCUUUACCGGGUCGGAAUGUCGCGAUUAAGUUGAGUUUUAUGCCCGGUUUCUCUGUUCCGUUUGCCGAUCCAGCGUUAGCUUCAUCCCGCACAAAGAAUCAGAGCAGGGGCUAAGCAGGGAACAACAAAACAGAAAGUUAUUUUAUUUUGAACUUUUAACAAAUGGAUACGUUUCAGAAAGUGGAAAAGAUUGGAGAAGGCACGUACGGAGUGGUUUAUAAGGCAAAGAACAAAGUGACCGGUGAAACUGUCGCGUUGAAGAAAAUCAGACUUGAUACGGAAACAGAAGGCGUCCCCAGCACCGCAAUAAGAGAAAUCUCUCUCCUCAAAGAGCUCAGCCACCCCAAUAUUGUCAAGCUUCGAGAUGUGAUCCACACAGAGAACAAACUUUACCUGGUGUUUGAGUUUCUUCAUCAGGAUCUGAAGAAGUUCAUGGACUCUUCCUCAGUCACAGGGAUCCCUCUGCCUCUGGUCAAGAGUUACCUGUUCCAGCUGCUGCAGGGCCUGGCGUUCUGUCAUUCUCACAGAGUCCUGCACAGAGACCUGAAGCCUCAGAACCUGCUCAUCAACGCUCAGGGAGAAAUCAAACUGGCCGACUUCGGUUUGGCCCGAGCUUUUGGGGUCCCUGUGCGCACAUACACACACGAGGUGGUGACCCUGUGGUACAGAGCUCCUGAGAUCCUCCUCGGGUGUAAAUAUUACUCCACAGCUGUCGACAUCUGGAGCCUUGGCUGCAUCUUUGCUGAAAUGAUUACCAGGAGGGCCUUGUUCCCAGGAGACUCGGAGAUAGAUCAGCUGUUCAGGAUUUUCCGGACUUUGGGGACUCCGGACGAGACGGUGUGGCCCGGAGUGACCUCGAUGCCUGACUACAAACCCUCGUUUCCCAAAUGGGCGCGGCAGGAUCUGGCCAAAGUGGUGCCUCUGCUGGACGAGGACGGAAGGGAACUGCUUGGAGAAAUGUUGACCUAUGACCCCAACAAGAGGAUAUCUGCCAAGAACGCUCUGGUACACCGCUUUUUCAGAGACGUAACAAUGCCAGUGCCGCACCUCAGACUCUGAACUCAACAAAACAACAACAAAACUGAGCUUUAAUCCCAAAAGUUUGAGCUACACGGACCAGUUUAAGAACCCAAGACCCUCUGUCAAUCCGGACCAAAACUGACCACUCCAGCGGUCCAGCAUUUUGUGGAUUUUGUCUCUCCAGUUUUGAGAAUAUUUCUCACUGUUUUUCCAGCAAGUGCCGUCUUUGAUAUGGAUUACAUUUGUAGUUUAGUGAACCUGAAGGUGCAUUAUGUAACUACUGCUACCGCUUAGUUUAAAAUAACCCACAGUAUGGCAUUGAAUGUAUUUAUAGCAAUGGCGAUGAGCAGACGUGUGAUGCCACCAGCCCAAGUUACAGGUCAGAUCUGUGGAGAGGUGACCCUGCUCACAGUAACAAUGCGUGUUUGUCAAGUUAUUUUUGAGCCUGUACUGGCAUUUUGCAAGAUGGAUACAUUUAAUGCCAUGCUGCGGAACAUUCUAGAGCUUGCAUAUCUAUAGAGCCAAGCAUUUGACAGCCUCCGCCAGAAAAGCUCCAUAGUGCACCUUUAAAUGAAAUCUUUAUUAGUUCAGAUGUAUUAGUGUAGAUGUUGGUUAGUUAAGGUUAAGGGAUAGUGCAAAUAUCAAAGCCAAUGGGAAGUCUAAACCUCUAAAAACGCAGAAUAUCCAAGUAAUGAUAAAGAUAGAAGCCAUAUUCUAUUGUGAAAUUGAACACUUUUUCAUAUAUCAUUUAUUUUUUCAUAUAUUUUUUGGCAUAGUAUUCACUUAAACAAGACAAAAAUCCGGAUUAAACAUGGACUACCUUUUUAGUGUAACAUUUUUGAAUUUAAAGUCGCUGUACCUGAUUUUUACUGUUUUGAAAAUGUGAAAAACAGCACUAUUUCAUUUUAAACGGUUUGCAGUAAUUCAGAGUUAUUCCUCACUUACUUUAUGCAUUCUGAGCAUGCUAAUUGAUGAGUUUAUUAGUGCUUUUUACAACUUUCAGAGUUUUGCCGUGACGGUAAAGCUAACAACAACUAGCAUACUAACGUGCAGCACUUCCUGAUUAUCAGACAACAUAACGCUUUAUAAUUAGAUGCAGACAGUACCUAUUUUGCUUAUACGAUAUAUGGGGCAAGACCAUUUUUGUUCAAAUACAUGAAAUAAAUUGAGUACAGGGACUUUAAAAUCAAUGAAAUAACUUGAAAGUCAAAUUUUUAUAAAGCAGUUUACAAAGUCACUCAUAGACGGAAAACUUUGAAAGGAUGUCCAGUUUCUCAAUAGUUCUAUAGAAUAAUAUAGUGAUCUAGACCUUUCCAAGAUGGCGGCUCCCCAAAUGGAGUAUUUUCAUUUCUUUUAAUGCCUUAUAUAAAUUAAACUUGUACAUGAAGAUUUCUCAAAGUGGCACCUUUCUGUAGUUAGUCCCGACUCUGGCUCGGCUGUUUCCUGGCAGCGUUUUGUGCCGUUGCGUCAUUUUUCCACAGUUUUUCCUGUACAUAUUUGUGACUCUCCAACGUUCCCGAAGUGAUUUUACUGGAGUUGAAGUCGUUGAAAACUUCUCACUCCAUAAAUUUUAACAGUUUUAUAAAUGUUAUUUACAGUUUGAAAAAAAUAAACUUGUUUAAAUAACUGUAAAA